AUGGCUACAGUCGGUAUUCCAAUUAUUGACCUGGAACCUGCCCGGAUGGGUGGCCCCGAAGAGGUCGCCAAAGUUGCGCAUGAAGUCUACCAGGCCUUCAAGUAUGUCGGCUUCGCCUACAUCAAAAACCACGGUGUGCCGCUGGAGCUCAUCGAUGAAGCUUUUGGAUGGAGCUCCAAGUUCUUCGCCCUCCCUCAAUCCGAUAAACAGAAAGCUCCGCACCCGGCAGAAGGCUGGUACCACCGCGGCUACUCAGGCAUCGGUCGAGAAAAGGUCGUGCAGAUGGUCUUUAACAAGGAGGGAAUCGCCGAAAAGCGCAAAGUCCCUGAUGUGAAAGAAUCCUUCGAGCUCGGAAAUGAGUCGGACGAGUACAUGCGCAAUAUCUGGAUCCCCGAGGAAGUGCUCCCUGGCUUCCGAGCGUUCUUCAACCAGUUCUAUCAGACAUGCUCGGGUGUCGAGACACUCAUGCUGAAGCUUAUAGCGAUUGGCAUGGGUUUGGAGGAGAGCUUUUUCCUGAAGUAUCAUCAAAGUCGCACGAACCAAUGUCGUCUGCUUCAUUACCCCCCAGUGGAGGAGGAGUUACUUCGAGGAGGCAAAGCAGAGCGGAUCGCGGCGCAUACAGAUUUCGGAACAAUGACGAUUCUCUUCCAGGACGAAGUUGGCGGCCUUGAAGUCGAGGAUAUACGUGAGAAGGGCAAGUUUAACCCGGCUCCUUACGUUUCGGGCACGGCGGUGGUAAAUAUCGGCGACCUACUGAUGCGCUGGAGUAACGACGAGCUCAAGUCGACGCUGCAUCGGGUGAACGCGCCUCCGCUUGUUAACAAGGAAGACGAGGGUGAAAUAAAGGGACGCAUCACACGGCCACGAUAUUCGAUUCCCUAUUUUAUUAGUCCAGAUAGAGACAGUUUGAUUAAGUGCCUGCCGAACUGUCAUGGCCCGAAUCGGCCGAAGAAGUAUGAGGCUAUUACAAGUAGAGAUUAUAUUGCCAUGCGGAUGAAUGCAACGUACUAG